AUGCUAAUUCUUUCCCACGACCAAGUUCUCACCACCCUCCAAUCUCUUUCCAAGACCCAAUGCCUCGAAAUUCUCUCCUCUGUACAACAUGCGCUCUCCGCGAUUUCUACGACUCCUUCGCCUAUCCAUCAACCGCUCCGGACGCCCAUCACCACUAGCACUGGCUACACUUCACUAUUUAUGCCCGCCUCUACAACAACGACAACCGGCAUCAAAACCGUAACAGUCCAUAGCGACGGUGGUCCUCAUCUUGGUGCUCUCGCGAUUUUCGCACCGAAUGGAGAACUUAUCGGUCUGCUAAAUGCAGAGGAGUUGACGGGAUUCAGAACGGCAUUAAUGACUAUGCUAGGAUUCGUGAAGAGAGUAUGCGAGGUCGAUGGCGAGCUCGUUAUCUUUGGGGCGGGGAAGCAGGCGGAGUGGCAUUUAAGAUUGGCCAUGUUAUUUGGGCCGAGGGAAGGGAAAAUCAGUCGAGUGACAGUCGUCGGCCGAGGCGCCCAGAGGACUACCGCCUUUGAGACACACGUGGUGGAGGAGAUGAGGCGAAGCUACCCCGGGGUCAUAUUCUCUAUGCUGUGCUCAGAGGGAAAUGCCACCUACCAGGAACAGCUCAAUGAUGUGUUGGGCAGUAGUGCAGCCAUCUUCUGCUGCACGCCAUCGCGAGAACCACUAUUUGCUUUCUCCAGCAUUGAUACACCUGGCCGUACGAGAUUCAUCAGUCUUAUUGGCUCAUUCAAACCACAGAUGAUGGAAGUAGAUCCAGAGACACUUCUGUCUGGCGACCUUCUCUGUGUAGACACGCGAGAUGGCUGUAUCAAGGAAGCGGGCGAGAUGCAUACAGCCAAGGUGACGCCGGAGCAAGUGAUUCAGAUGGGAGAUCUUCUUGCAUUAGACGACAACCAUGAAAGUAGAGAUGUCUUGCGGAAGCAAAAUGUUGUAUUCAGGGCAGUAGGGAUGGGGGUUCUCGAAAUUGUCGUUGGCAAAGCAGUACUUGACAUUGCAGCAGACAGGCAAAUUGGUACGCGAAUCGACGACUUGUAG